GGGACGAAGCGAGGGGGCGCGGGGACCGGGCCCGGACCCGGGGAGCUUGUUCGUGGCCAAAACCGAGCAGAGGGCAAAGUGUUGGAGACAGUUGGUGUAUUUGAGGUGCCAAAACAGAAUGGAAAAUAUGAGACUGGGCAGCUUUUUCUUCAUAGUGUUUUUGGCUACCGAGGUGUUGUCCUGUUUCCCUGGCAGGCCAGACUAUAUGACCGGGAUGUGGCUUCUGCAGCUUCAGAAAAAGCAGAGAAUCCCGCUGGCCAUGGCUCUAAGGAGGUGAAAGGCAAAACUCACACUUACUAUCAGGUGCUGAUUGAUGCCCGAGACUGUCCACAUAUAUCUCAGAGAUCUCAGACAGAAGCUGUGACCUUCUUGGCUAACCAUGAUGACAGCCGGGCCCUCUAUGCCAUUCCAGGCCUGGAUUAUGUGAGCCAUGAAGACAUCCUCCCCUACACCUCCACUGAUCAGGUUCCCAUCCAACAUGAGCUCUUUGAAAGAUUUCUUCUGUAUGACCAGACGAAAGCACCCCCUUUUGUGGCUCGGGAAACACUACGGGCCUGGCAAGAGAAGAAUCACCCCUGGCUAGAGCUAUCCGAUGUCCACCGGGAGACAACUGAGAACAUCCGUGUCACUGUCAUCCCUUUCUACAUGGGCAUGAGGGAAGCCCAGAACUCCCAUGUCUACUGGUGGCGCUAUUGUAUUCGCUUGGAGAACCUGGACAGUGAUGUGGUACAGCUCCGGGAGCGGCACUGGAGGAUAUUUAGUCUCUCAGGCACCUUGGAGACAGUUCGAGGCCGAGGGGUGGUGGGCAGGGAACCAGUGUUAUCCAAGGAGCAGCCCGCAUUCCAGUACAGCAGCCAUGUCUCCCUGCAGGCCUCUAGUGGGCACAUGUGGGGCACGUUCCGCUUCGAGCGACCUGAUGGCUCCCAUUUUGAUGUCCGAAUACCGCCUUUCUCUCUGGAAAGUAAUAAAGAUGAGAAGACACCACCCUCAGGCCUUCACUGGUAGGCCAGUUGAGACCUUGAGUGCCUAAGCUUGGCUCUUCAGAUCAGCUGUAAACCCACAAUUGCUGCAAAACUCUCCCCCCUCAUCAUGGCCCAGAUGGGUUUCUUCAUCCGUUGCACAUUUGAUUGUGGGGCUCUAUUUUUUGGGGGGGCGUAGGAACCUUUUUUUCAGAAGGCCCAUAUAUAGGACUCCUCUAAGGCUGGCUGGCUUUCUCAUAAGCUCUGCCUAUACUGUGUUCCUGUAAACCUUUCCAUCAAGGAACUAACUGUUCAGCUGCCACAGGCCUGGAGGUGUUUGUUUCCCGACUUGUCAUGCGUUGUCUGCAACAUGAAGUUUGGUCAAUAAACCAGUGCACACUUGGCCACCCUCGCCAUUUCUGCUCUCAGGGUCUCAGGGUCCCUUUCGGAUCCAGUGGGGCCCUUCUUUGCUUUCCAGGCAAGGUCACCUCCAGGGAGCUGCCUUCUCUACUAGGGCCUGUGUCUUUCCCCUUUGAUCCUAGAGGCUGGCUGGACAUCUGCGGGCACCAUGCCUCCUGCCAGUGAGAAGGUGCUGGACUGAACGACUCUGCCUUUGCAGCGUGCAGAGAAAGUGGUCAUUGUCAGGGCUCGAGUGGCCUGGCCCUACCUCUGACCAACCACCAGCAUCUCUGGCCUUGUUGACCUGGGAGAAGAGAUGAGUCAGCUGGGUUUCUUGGCUCACUGGGUUUGCCUGCUGUGCACAUCCACACCACAAGUGCAGGGAUUUGGCUAAGGAGCAGUUUAAAGUAUGGACAGGGACCAAGCCAAGCUACUUUAAGAGCUUCUCUCAGAUCUCCAAGAGCCAGAGACAAAUGGGCUGUAUUUUGUCCACUUCUUAGGAUUCCUUUUCUCCCUCUAUUGCAGUGAUUGUUAGAGGUAGUUUUAUUCUCGAAUUAAUAUUAAAAUCUCAGUUCCAACUCGUGUUUUCCUUAAUCCUCCACUAGGGGGAGCUUCAGUUACAGGGAGACCCAAGUUUUGACCUAGCUAGAACAGGAAGUCAGGUGGUAACAAAUACAAGAACUGAGCCCACAGCUGUAAAAUGGCCAAGCUCCGUGUACCAUUGUACAAGUUUUAUUAGAAAUUAGUGUUUAUUUCCAUCACUGAGGCUGAACAACAAAGGAUUGCAGUUAUGUGAUAAAGGAAAAAUUCUCACGUCAGUAUCUGUGCCGUCCUUCAGACAGACCACGGCCACACACCAAAUCCAACAAAAACAAGUACUGGUCUGUUGUUAACAGCAAGCUUCCAGUUUUCUCAGAAACCAACAGGAAAGUUUGACCUUAAUCCAUUCUUUUGUUUGUCUCCCUUGCUUGGCCAGAGUUCAAAAAUUCACACUGCUAACAGCUCCUUUCUGAAUGGGGCCAGGAAAUUCCCCAAACCGUUAAGCCACAAAGUCUACUUAAAGAAGCUUAGAUUGAAAAAAAUAAAAAAUAAAAAGCUUAGAUCAUGUCAGUGAAUUCAGUGUUAGUGUUUUCCUUUAGAUCAAAGAGAUAAUAGUCAAAGAGAAAUGCCCAGCCCCAGACUACUGUGCUUUCUCAGGUCCCAAACUAGGUAUCACUGAGAUGGCUGAGGACCUGAGUGUCAAAGCACUAAUUAGCAGGUAAGGGGGAUGUAGAAGUCAAAGGACAAGCAUGAAAAUACCUUAGUAGGGAGCUGGGAAUUUAUUAAAGGGCUUUAUGUGGACUGCUGAGAAAAUAGGGAGGUGGCCCUCAGGCAGAGGGAUUCCAGUCUGUAGGAAAGCCACAAAGCCAAAGCCUGAAUCUGACC